AUGAAUGACAGCAGCCCCAGCACUGACACUAACGUCCCGGAUCAGCUGUCCCUGGAGCCCGCCCACUGCAGCCUGGCCACGCCCCCUCCCAGCGACACUGACUUGAAACCCCUUCUCACCCUCUCCGAGUAGAAGUCUGGAAACAAGAUGAAUAAAGCGGCAGUUGCGAGUAGAGGCAGCGCUUGUGUGUGAGCUGUUGGAGGCGGCAGUCGUGCUCAGCACUGGCACAUCCCCUGGCACUCAGCUCACUCCUGCUGCUCUCACCCUUGCUGACACUUUAUUGCUUUGGCCUUUAAGUAUUAUAUUUUUUCUUUGGCUGCUGUUUUUAGUGCACUGGCAUUGACAAAAUUCCUCCAGACCAUCCUACUUGUCAUUCCAUGUCCCUCUGUCUGAUCCACUGAAUUCCUUAGAGAACAGCCCAGCUCUCCCUGUGGGACUGCCCUUAUGCCUAUGUGAUGGUUCCCUAUAGCUGAAGCCACUGCUCUACUCCCUGGACUGACACACAAUUUGGAGUCCACUUAGCCUGUUGCACUGACUGACAGCCACCAUGAAUAUGUCCAUGCAGGAUUCCUCCCUGUGUAAUUCUACUGGCAAUGAGACCUGCAUCGUUAACCCCUUCCUUCAGCCUGCCUGGCAAAUCGCUCUGUGGUCCAUAGCCUACUCCAUCAUUGUGGUUGUGUCUGUGGUUGGGAACAUCAUUGUCAUGUGGAUCAUCUUAGCUCACAAGCGAAUGAGGACCGUCACCAACUACUUCCUGGUGAAUUUGGCGUUCGCCGAAGCGUCCAUGUCCGCUUUCAAUACGGUCAUCAAUUUCACCUACGCCAUCCACAACCAUUGGUACUAUGGACUCAUAUACUGCAAGUUCCACAACUUCUUUCCCAUAUCGGCUGUGUUCUCCAGCAUUUACUCCAUGACAGCAAUAGCCCUGGACAGGUAUAUGGCCAUCAUCCAUCCACUCAAACCAAGGUUGUCAGCCACAGCUACUAGGAUAGUGAUUGCUGUCAUCUGGGGUUUCGCCUUUGCAUUAGCAUUUCCUCAGGGAUACUUCGCCACUGUUGAACCUACACCUGAUAGAGUUGUUUGCUACAUGGAGUGGCCGGAAUCUGAGAACAGGAAGUAUGAGAAAGUGUAUCAAGUGUUAGUAUUUGGUCUCAUCUACUUCCUGCCGCUCCUGGUGAUAGGUUGCUCCUACACGUUUAUUGGCAAGACCCUUUGGGCGAGUGAGAUUCCUGGUGACUCCUCAGACCGAUAUCAUGAGCAAGUGGUGGCCAAGCGCAAGGUUGUGAAAAUGAUGAUCGUCGUAGUUUGCACGUUUGCAAUUUGUUGGCUACCGUAUCACAUCUACUUCCUGCUUCAGCUCUUCUUACCCAAUCAGAGCCAGAAAUUCUAUCAGCAACUCUAUUUAGGAAUUAUGUGGCUUGGGAUGAGCUCUACCAUGUACAACCCCAUCAUCUAUUGUUGUCUGAAUGACAGGUUCCGCAUUGGUUUUAAGCACGUAUUUCGCUGGUGCCCAUUUAUACACGCUGGUGAGUAUGAAGGUCUGGAAAUGAAAUCCACACGCUAUCUUCAAACCCAGAGCAGCAUGUACAAAAUCAGUCGUAUCGAAACCACCGUCUCGUCUGUACUAAGCGCAAAUGAUGAAGAAGCAGAGGAAACUGUGAAGAGCAUUAAACGUCUGUCUUUGGAUCUUACCUCCAACGGUUCCUCACGUAGUGUUUAUAAGACUAUGUCUAACUCAUCCAGCUUUUACUCCAAUAAUCUUUCAUAAACGAGACACCAUCCAUCCUUGGUCUUGGGUAUCCCGUUUGCGGUUUGCCGCAAGUCUCCUGAAGCACGGUGCUCCGAUCAGUUUCUACCUUCUUCAGGCUGAAAGUGAACGAGAGCUUGUUUACUACUCCAGAGUCCUUACUCUCACAUUUAUUAAUUACACCAGGAAGAGCUUUUUAAUCUAGUGGCAGGAGAAAUGGCCACCUACAUAGAAUGUUUCAACUAAGUGACAUUAGUGGAUGAUUAUCCAUUUACCUCUAAACAAAAAAUACUAUACCCCAUACACAGCCACUGUGAUGUUUACACAUUCUCAAGAUAUUAACUCAGAGCUUUUGGUUAAUUACACUUUACACGUCCAACUGCCUUGUUGGAUGCUUGGCCAUCAAAUUGCUGGUUAGUUUUAAGGAAAGCAUUUCAAAGGUACUCAAAGUAUGCUAGCUAGGGGAGGCACACUUUCACUUCUGCAAACAUUUUAAAGUGUUUUUUCCUUUUUUAAAUAUCUUCAAUAAGAUAUUUAUUCAAUGUUAACGUUUUUUUUUUUACUAUUACUGUUUUUUGGUACAAAGUUUUUGCCUGCCAACAUUUUGAGUUCUCGAAAUAACGCACAUUUGUAUGUACACUGUUUAUAUUUGUGUUAUUACCGUAUAUACUCGAGUAUAAGCCGUCCCGAGUAUAAGCCGAGGUAAGUAAUUUUACCUCCAAAAACUGGGAAAGCUUAUUGACUCGAGUAUAAGCCG